AUGUUUUCAGGUUACAUUCUUGCUCUAACAUUAGAUAUAAGGACUUGCGAGAAUUUCCUUCUUUUCCUUGGGUUGUUACUUUCCGUUGUUUUCGGAGCUGCAUUUCCUGUAUCCAUACUAGUCUUCCGCUGGAUUGUCAAUGACAUUAUAAGCACUGUUGGUGUUUCAUACGUAGAAAUAUACCGCGCAUCUGUUUUGCUUGCAGUUAUAGCGGCUGCUGCCUUCCUGAUAUCAUUUGGUCAAGCAACUUCUAAUCCAAGCAGUAUUGAGUCAAGACUAGCUUGGUUGGAUGAACAUGCCGUCGGAAGCCUCAUAGAUAAAUUAACUGAACACACAACUAAUAUACAUCUUGGCAUUGGGGAGAAAUUAAGUGAAUUUAUUCAAAAUAUUUCUAGUUUCUUUAUCGGCUUCUUUAUCGCAUUCGCGUAUGGUUGGAAGCUUAGUUUGGUUGCUUGCUCAUCAUUGCCAUUAGUCCUUAUUGGUUUCUCUUUAUUCGGUACUACUGUGAGACGCUUCACUCUCAUGGAGCAGGAUGCAUACUCCAAGUCUAGUACAAUUACUGAGGAAGUUUUGAGCGCUAUCCGGACAGUAAUUAGUUUCUCCGGGGAGAGAAAAGAAGUAUUACGUUAUAGCAGUAAUCUGGAUAAGGCUGCCGCUUGUGGUGUAAAACAGGCAGGUUGGCUUGGAUUUGCUGGUGGCUUUGUUGGAAUGUCAAUAUACACUUCUACAGCAUUAGUAUUUUGGUAUGGAGUGACGUUAAUUCGACAAGGUGAAUAUGAUCCAGGAUCUGUGAUACUAGUUUUUCUUAAUAUCAUAAUUGGAAGUUUGUUUCUAGGCAGUGCCUUACCAAAUUUUCGAUACUUUCAUGUGGCUAAAGCAUCGGCGCGAGAUAUAUUUGAUAUUAUUAAACGUAAACCUUUAGUUGACAAGACAUCUUCGAAUAAACAACUUGAUGAUUUUAGUGGUAAAAUAACAUUUAACAAAGUUUCAUUUUCAUAUCCGUCACGUCACGAAAAAGUGAUAUUCAAUGACUUUAGUUUAACUAUACAGUCAAAUGAAACAACUGCUUUUGUUGGUCCUAGUGGAUGUGGAAAGACUACAAUAACACAGUUGAUCGAACGAUUUUAUGAUCCAGAUAAUGGUCAGAUACUUUUUGAUGAUACAGAUUUGCGUGCAUUGAAUGUGAAUUGGAUUCGUUCCAAUAUAGGUAUUGUUCAACAAGAUCCAGUUCUAUUCACAGGAACAAUAUCGGAAAACAUUCGAAUGGGCUGUCUAAAUGAUACUUUAGCUAACGAUGAUGAUGAUAAAAACAGUAUUAUAGAAGCAGCGAAAUUGGCUUAUGCUCAUGAAUUCAUUACAAAAUUGCCAGAGGGCUAUAAUACAAUGAUAUCUCGUACGAACUCUGAAUUGUCUGUUGGUCAAAAACAGCGUAUAUCGAUUGCUCGCGCUCUCAUUCGUAAACCGAAAAUUCUGAUUUUCGAUGAGGCUACAUCAGCUUUAGAUAAUCAUUCAGAAAGAAUGAUUCAACGUGCUCUAGAAAAUAUAAAAAUUAAUCGGACUGUGAUUAUAAUUGCUCAUCGAUUGUCGACUAUUCGAAAUGCAAAUAAGAUUGUGGUUUUAGAUAAUGGUCGUAUUAGGGAGAUAGGUACCCACGCACAAUUAUCCUCCACCUCAGGAUUUUAUUCAGCAAUGCUAAAACUUGAGGCACCUGAUAACUUUUCUGCUUCAAUCAAUGACAAUAUGACUGAUUUACAAGCUGAUGAUACUAAAUUCUCAAACGAUGAUCAAUUGCUUCUUGACGGUCACACAAACAAUAAUCUAAGAAGUACCAACAGUUGCGUCAAUAAAAAUAUGAAUGUUUAUCAGGUUAACAAAGAUGAAGUUACUCUGAAUCUGUCUACUUCAAAUGUAGUUAACAAACGAAUCACUGUGAUGUCAUCUAUGCUUCGUUUGUUGAAAUUGUCUAGACCUGAAUGGAAAAGUGUAACGUUAGGAUGUAUAGCUGCAUCUAUAACCGGUGGAUUACAACCUAUAUUUGCUAUAUUAUAUUCAGAAAUUUACACUAUCUUUAGUCUAGUUCAAAAACCUGAUGAAAUGCAAAUUAGAGCUAAUUUAGUCACAGGUAUAAUAGCUCUUUUGGGUUUGAUUCGAUUAGCCAGUUCCACUUUUCAGGGUUAUUUUCUCGGUGUUGCUAGCCAAAAACUAACUAAACGUUUACGUCAAAAUUUAUUUGCAUCCAUGUUGAAACAGGAAAUGGCUUGGCAUGACAAACCAGAAAAUAAUCCUGGUAUUCUAUCAUUUAUAUUAACAUCGGAUGCAAAUAAAGUGAAUACAUUUUGCGGUACUUCACUAGGUCGUCUAAUCGAAUCAGCCAUACUGGUGAUAUUCUCAUUGACAAUUGCCUUUGUAUAUAACUGGAAGUUGACUUUGGUGGUAUUGGUUUUCGCCCCGGUCACUAUAUUAUCAAGUUAUCUACAGCUUCGACAAAUCCAUGUCAAUUCUAAUGUUAAUAAUGAAACUAUGGCUGCUCGUAUUAUUCACGAAGCUCUUAGUUCAGCAAGAACUGUAUAUGCUUAUGGUUUGGAGAAUUAUUUUUGUAAACAUUAUUCUACUGUAUUAAAUUUAGAAAUGACUGCUGGCAAUCCCCAGUCAUUGCCGAUUUGUUCUUAUGCUGCUACAUUUUCUUAUGGAGCCUAUUUAAUGAGUUUAGAAGAAAUUAAUUUGACUGGAAUAUUCAAGGUUUUUGCUGCUAUCAGUUUUGCAGCACAAGCACUUGGUAGAACAUCACAUGUGGGACCAGAAAUGAAGCAUGCUUCAUUGGCAGCUAAUCGAAUUUUUAAAAUUCUCGAUAGAGAUUCUAAAAUUCCUGUAGAUGAAGGUUUAUGUCCUGACCAGUCUAUAAACAAUCUUCCUAUUGAAUUCAGACAAGUAUCAUACAGAUAUCCAUCUAGGCCAACAUCUUGGGUUUUAAAGGACUUUUCAUGGACAUUCCAACCUCGUCAGAAUACCGCUAUUGUGGGGCUUUCUGGAUCUGGUAAAACUAGCAUAUUAUGUUUGAUUCAUCGCCUUUACGAAGCCGAUAGUAGUAACACAAAUAGUGGGAUAUUUCUCAACGAUAUUAAUAUAAGAAUGAUUUCACCUAGGUGGAUUCGCGAGCAGGUUUGUGUUGUAAAUCAAGAACCACAACUUUUUAAUCUUACACUUAUGGAAAACAUCGCGUAUGGGAACAACGCACAUCCUGUAACGAUGGAUGAGAUAACCGAUGCUGCACGACGUGCAAAUAUUCAUGAAUUUAUUAUGACCCUACCACAAGGUUACAACACAUUAGCUGGUCCGCGAGGUACACAUAUUUCUACGGGUCAAAGACAAAGAAUUGCAAUAGCGCGCGCUCUCGUGCGUAAACCGAAAUUGCUACUUCUAGAUGAAAUUACUUCUGCAAUGGACCCAGAAAACGAACGGUAUAUUCAAAAUUUAUUAACAGGACUAUCACAGGACUACACAUAUCUACUAGUUACCCACAGACUACUCUCAACGACACAAGUCGACCAAAUCUUGUUCAUAUCCAGAGGUAGGAUUGUCGAGUCUGGUUCAUUUGAUCAGCUAAUACAAUCUAAGGGAGCAUUCUACGCAUUGUUUUGUCCUGAAGAGAUCAAACAGAUCUAA